AUGUAUGUGAAUGGACCCCCAUUAUUAGCAGUGGAACAGAACAAUGCACAGCUAGCGGUGGUAGCACUGGAGCUAGCUGCGGGAGUUGAUGAUAUGGCGGCACUCGAGCUAAUUGCAGCAGAAGAAGCAGCACCGCUGGAUACAGCAAUGGUAGAAGUUGGUACAAACGAAAUUAUCGAGCUACUAGGUGCUAAAGUAGACUCGGAGCUCGAAACGGAAGUUACUGGAAGUGAACUCAAAGUUACUGUUGGUUAUGAGACCGAGGAUGUACCACUUUCAAAGGCCGAGCUAGCAGCCGAAGAUACGGAUGAGGUUUCUUCGGAUACAGUUGAGCUAGCAGAUGCCGAUACUGAUUCGGAUAAGGUUGCACUUGAGACAGUAGGGACGCUUGAGCUGGAUUCUAGACCAGUUGAUGAGCUAGCAAUUCCAGAAACACUGCUAGAUUCUACUGCAGAAGUAGAAACUACUGGAGGGGUAGAAGUUGCAGAUGCUGAAGCAGAUCCAGAACUGGCCGAGGUAUCCGAAGUAGAUGCCGAUUCUGAUAAUGUUAGACUACUGGAAGCGGAUGCCGAAACGGCUGAGCUGGAAAUUGUUUGCACGGAAGAGCUAGCAGCUACAGUUGAAGAAGACUCAAUUGAUAUACUGGUACUACCUGGGAGCGAAGAAGUCUCGAAAACAGUGGAAGUCCCAACCGAGGAUUCAGUUGGGACAAAGGUAGAAAGUGAUGCAGUGCUACCUGGAAGCGAAGAUGUCUCAAGAGCAGUCGAAGUUUCAACAGUCAAUUCUGUCGAUAAUGCGGUUGAAGAUUGGACUGGUAAUUCAGAAGUAGCUACAAUUGAGGAGAUAACAUUUGAUGAAGUUGCUGCAAUUCCAGAGGAGAUUGAAGAGCUAUCACUAACAGGAUUUGACGUACUAGCAGCUGCCGAGGAGGAUCCUGGGGCGGUGGAGAGAACAUUACUGCUGGUGGGAACAGCUUCGGAGGAUAAAGUACUGCUAACCGAAAUAUAUACUGAGGAUAAUUGCGACUCCGAGAUACUGAAAGUGGGGAGUACCGAAGAAGAAAGUAGGGAUGAGAGGCUUGAUACAACUGCGGAGCUCGGAAGAGUUGGAAGCACACUUCCUUGGGACGAGACAGGAACAAUUGAUGAAGAGGGGCUUCCUGAACUACUGGGAAUCGACGUAGAUUCUGGAAUAUUACUACCGGAAGAAGUUGUCUCUGAGGCACUGCUAGUUGCAGCAGGAUUCGAAGUCGAUUGGCUGGAGACAAUUGGUGCGGUAGUGGUUAUCGAUUCAGGUCCCGCACUGGAUGUAGGGAAAGCUGAAGAUGUUGCAACAGUGGACGAUGGCGCAGCCGAGCAAAAACUUGGAUAA